AUGAGCGACGGGGACGUCGUGGCAAACUUCAUUGCCAUCAACGGUUGCACCGAGGAGGAGGCGGUGGAGUAUCUCGCCAAUGCCAACUUCGACCUAGCGCUGGCGCACUCGCUUUACGUGGCGGACCACACCAACAGGGCCGUCCAGGAGAUAGGCGCGUCUUCCACGUCCGAGAUGUCGAACCCUGGGUCGCCGGGGUACACGACACCGCCGUACUUGGUUGGCCGGCUUGACGGUGGCGGUGGGGGGCGGCACGACAACUUUCCUUCGGUGCCGCACGGCAGAUACGGACCGUCCGGACUUUCUCGGCAACAGUCGGCGCCGCUGUCCAUUCCGGAGAUGGACACAUCCUCGCUUCUUUUCACCACGCCUCCUUUUGUUUACCAAGGCACUUUGUCUUUGCAGCAGUUUUGCACGCGCGCUGUGGAUAGUGACCAGUGGGUUCUCUUAAGUCUGCUUGGCGAUGACUUCAACAGCUUCUGCGUUAACCGAGAUAUCUGGAGGUUUGAGGGAUUGCGUGAGACACUUUCCAUGUUUUCUAUUUAUCAGGUGACUGCGGCGUCAGAGCACAGUGGCCAGUUGCUGCACGGCUAUCGCAUCGAUCCUGAGAGGGACAUGCCGUGUUUGCUGCUCCUCAACCCUCUCACGACAAUGAAAGAGUCGCGGAUACCGUUGAACUAUGGGCCAGCAGGCAUCGAUGCUGGCGAAGUGAAUGAGGCAUUACUUGCGUUUCUUGCUGAGCGCGGCUCACCCUCACAGUGGGAGGCGGGAAAGUGCCGAAGGCAUGCCUCCCCUACUCCUCCUAUUCCCCCCGCCUCAACCACAAUACAGUCAGUAGUAGUUGAGGAUUACGAUAAUGAAAAUUCUCUUCCCACAGCAUCGCAUCCCGAAGGGGUGACGCCACCGCCACCGGUAGUAGCGGUCGACAUCAGCCCUUACGAAGCGAUGCCUGAUGAGAAAAAUGCUUUUGCUUUGCGCUGCCGGCUUCCAAAGGGAAAUGCUACACUGAGGCUUAAGCCAGAAACCCCUGCCCAGCUUUUGGUAGAGUACCUUGCCUAUCGCGCGUAUCAUGAUAACCCGGAAGCCUAUCCACAAGGCGUACCGAAGUGUUCUCUAAAGACAGGAUAUCCACCCAGGGAGUUGAGUGUCGAAAACCCCAAUGUGCAGCUGGUGACAUGGGGUGGUGUCCGCUCUGGCGACACGGUGUUUCUCCAUAUUCAGUGA